AUGCCAAAGUUCCAGAUCAGAUUUCAACCACGUAUUCUAUAUGCAUCCGAACUUCAGGUGUCUGCAUACGUGUUUGACAAUGCACCUCUGUACUUGAAGGAAUCUGGUGCGGCCUCGCGGUUCCUCACAGCAGAACCAAGUACUAUGACUUCUUCUGCAGCUAACUUGUUGACGAUUGUGAUCCUAUCGAGGGGAAAGUGCGAUCUCUCCAAAGGAAUUUCUAUUUACCUAAUCACCAUGGCGUUAGCUGACCUGCUGGUGGUUGUCUUCUGCAUCAUACUCGCAUCUCUCUUUUCCCGUCUGAUCCCGGCCUCAUUUUUGUUUUACACGGCGGUUUGCAGUACCAACGCUGUGCUGAGCUACGCGACUAUAGACUGCUCUGUUUGGCUCACCAUUGCGUUCACCUUUGAUCGAUUCGUGGCAAUCUGUUGUCACAAUCUGAAGGUCACAUACUGCACUACAAAAACGGCCACGUUGGUUAUAGGCAUCGUGUGUGCGUUGAACGUUUUACGUAACGUGCCUUUCUAUUUCAAAUUCCGACCUUACGGCUUCUUCAACGGAAUACCCUGGGGAUGCGCAACCAGGCUGGAGUUCUUCAGUUUUCCCGGAUGGGUGACAUUUUUCUGGAUUCACCACCUGCUGAACCCCUUGAUUCCUUACGUGUUAAUAGUGGUGCUGAAUGCCUUGACGGUCAGACAUAUUGUGGUGGCGAAUCGCGCUCGCAGGGAACUGAAAUAUUCCGCUAAUGGGAGUCAACGAAUGGACCCAGAGAUGGCCCAAAGGCGAAAGUCUAUCGUUCUGUUGUUCGUCGUGUCGGGCAGCUUUAUAUUGCUAUGGUUCACAAAGGUUGCCGUUUUCUUGCUGAUGGAGAUUUCCAACAGACAUGCUUAUCCGAGCUAUAAUCACCCGGUCAUUCUCGCCGACCAGACAGGAACCAUGCUCUUUUAUCUGGGUACUUGCACAAACACCGUUGUUUAUGCUCUGACCCAGAGGAAAUUCAGAGAGGAAUUAAAGAGGAUGCCCAGCAAGAAGGACCUUUUCAAAAGCCUUGCAAGGAUCAAUGUGUACAACAUCUACCACCAUGCCCUCGUCAAUCUCCUUCGUCACCUCCUCAAAUACAAUCAAAUUGGUUACACAUGA